AUGAAUAUAGAAAGUGCAGCUGUAAAUAUUUUAAAGCGCGGAGUAGAUUUGGAUACUAAGAAACGAUAUACAGAGGCACUGGUUUGUUACCAAGAAGGUCUUCAAAUACUUGUUGACAAGAUAAAAGCUGAAAGAGAUGAUUCAACACGCAGUUAUUUAAGAAAAAAGGUAGAAGAAUAUAUGAACAGAGCAGAGACUAUAAAAACACUUGUUAUAAAACAAAAAGAAGCUGGUCUAUUUCAUGAACAAGUACAUAUAGAGAAUGACUCAACAGGACACAGUUACAAAACUCUGUUUGGACGAUUCCUAGAUGAUGAUGUUAGUUUUGUUGUUGUAGAGGAUCCUUAUAUAAGAAGUUUUCAUCAGUGUCAAAACUUUCUUCGGUUAUGUGAAUUAUUAGUAAGAUCAUGCACUAAACUAAGGCAUAUAGAACUCCUUACCUCAAAAGACAAUAAGACUGAAAAGGAUCAAAAAAGUUGGUUGGACAAUUUAGCAAGUGAUCUUAACAAAUACCGGGUGCAACUUAUUGUGAAGUAUUCAGAAACUUUGCACGAUAGACAAAUUAUCCUUAGCUCUGGUUGGAUAAUAAAAAUUGGCAGAGGUCUUGACUUCUACAAGGCGCCAGACAACAAAUUCUGCCUUGGAAUGUACGACCUUGAUCUACGACAAUGUCAUGAAACUACAGUUGAUAUAGUACAUUCGAAGAAUAUUAAACAAUCAUAUGGAUAA